ACGCUAGACCCACAUCAGCAUCCGUCAGGGGCGAGUCGACCCGUGUGCCAUCCUCGUUGUAGGCACCGAUCCUAGGGAGCAGCACAUGCUCAUGCCCCGUUGGAGACGACGAGGUGAGGCGCAGGCCGCUACGGAGCGAGCGGCGGCCGCUGCCAGCUGCUCGAGAUGGAAACAGAGGAGGGACCCCCGGGACUCCACGUGGAGUGCGCAGGGCGAGCGAGCUGCCAUUCCCGGCGUAUAAAAAAGUGCACCGGCCACGCGGAGGCGAGCCGAGUCCACUGGCCGCUGCCGUCCGGCCCGCAAAAGGGAACGAUUCCUCCACGCCCGACACCGUGCACGCAGCCAGAAAACCAACGCGUCCUCGCCGGGGAAAAUCUCCCGCCCCGGCCUGCUCUGCCGUAAAACCCACACGUCGCCGCAUUGACUUCGCCCUCCCCUCCCCCUCCCCCAUCUGCCGAUUUGCCUCGCGGAGCUCACACGCCCACACGCACCCCACCACACCCCGCGCCCCAUGUUGAACCAUUCCCAUUCCCGGGCCGAUUCCCGCUCCCCGUUCCUCCUCCACGGCCUGCCGCCGCCCCACGCCGCCGCAGCUGCCGAGUCGACGGCGGAGCGCCGGGACCGGAUGGACCCGCCGUCGUCGUCGGGCCGGGGGCCCACCACGCCGCGCCGCCAGCUGCAGGGCCCGCGCCCGCCCAGGCUCAACGUCAGGAUGGAGUCGCACGCCAUCAAGAAGCCCUCGGGGUCGGGGGCCGCCGCCGUCCCCGCCGCGCCGCCGGCGAGGCGGGACCAGCAGCUUCAGCAGCAGCAGCAGCCGCAGCGGGCGCCCGUCAUCAUCUACGACGCGUCGCCCAAGGUCAUCCACGUCAAGCCCAGCGAGUUCAUGGCGCUCGUGCAGAGCCUCACGGGCCCGGGAUCCGGCGCGCCGCAGCAGCAGCAGCAGCAGCACUACCACCACCACCAUCAGGCGGGGGACGACGACGACGACGUCCUGCUGCUGGGGCAGACGACGUUCCUGCCCCCGGAGCUGCUGCUCUCGCCGUCCGCCGCCAUGUCCCCGGCCGCGCGCCUCGCCACCAUCGAGCGGUCCGUGCGCCCGAUGGCCGCGCCGGCGCCGGACUACGACAUGGGCGUCCUCCCGGGGGGCGACGGCGUCAGCGGGAGAGCCGGCGACGACGACGGCACCCUCGCGGCGGUGCUCGGCCCCGCGCGCCACCCCAGCAUCCUCUCCCCGCUGCCGUCCUCGCUGCCGCCGGCCGCCGCGUCGGGGCUCUUCUCGCCGCUGCCCUUCGACUCCAGCAACAUCAGCUGGCUCAACGAGCUCAGCCCCAUCCUCCGGGCCGCCUCCACCAGCGCCGCCGCCGUGCCCGGCGCCUCCGCCUCCGCCUUCGCCGCCGCCGCGACCAACGGCGGAUCCCGGCCCCCGCCGCCGGCCUACUACUCCGACCCCUUCGUCCCCAGCCCCCGCAACCUCCUCGCCACGCCCACCGUGCCGUCGCCCGCCACCUUCGCCGAGUUCUUCGGCAGCUUGCCGGAUCUCUAGCUCGCCGUCGCCAGUCGCCGCCGCCGCCGCGUCCGUCCAAGACAGAUGCAGCAGCAGCCGAAACUUUAGCUACAUUUUUCCACACCUUUUCCUUCUGUAACACAAAUUUUUUUUCUUUCUGGCGGGUAGGGCAAGUUGGUGGGCCCGGCAGUGAUGCCAAUUUGAUUAGUGCAGUGGAGUGGUGCAGAGUGUGGAGAGAGAGAAAAAAAAGGGGUGGGAAUAGAAUGGCAGAAAGCAAUGGCAAAAGAUAGUUCUUGAGAGUAGCAUUAGCAGGUGUCUAGAAGCAGCCGGCCGGCCCAGCACCAGCGCUUUUUUUUUAAUUUCUCCUUCUUCUCUGGAUUUACACUGCACAUCUUGUGUUGUGAAGGCCAGAGGAGGUUAUUGUUUGUUUAAUGGAGGAUUUGUUAAUUCUUUUUAGCUUUGGUGAUGUGCUCAUCAUUUUGUCAUGCUGACUGGUGACUUGGUGCGUUGUAGCCAAACUCGAAGUAGUAGUGUCUAGUGUGGUGCUCUCUCCAUUCACCAAUACUAUGUUGCUGCAAAUCUAAGGCUUGUCAUACAAUUAUUAAAACAUCCAGGUGACUAAAUUGUUCC